AAGAAGUUCAGGGUUUCACACAUUAACACAGCCGUCAUAGCGCCGGAGCGCCAGCCUCAGCCACUUCGGCCCUUCUCCACAGCCCUCGUGCCGUCGUACGCGCAGCGGUUGGCGCCUCCCGCCCUCCCUCCUCGCGGCUUACAGCCUAAUCUGUAGCGCAGCUAGCGCUGCACCACCACCACCACCACCACCACCACCUCACGCUCUCUCUCUCACGCGUAAUCGUGUACACCCUCACUGCACUCCUGCGCGAGACGUCGUGCGCACGACCACUACUGGCGACGCUGCUGCCUGCUGCCGCUGGACUCCGCCCAAGCCACGCCCACCCUUACCUGUGCUGGCUGUGGUCUAUUUGCACUGUAGAGCGUAUGACUCUUUUUCCAGCAUCACGAUAUCUCAUCAGCCAUGUCUUCGGAAGAGCGCCAACAUCAAUGUUUGCUGCAGCCUCUUUCCUAUUCCUCCUUUCAAGACCUUCUAAGAAUUUCUCCCUUCUCUUCCCCAAACUGGACCACUCCAUCUCUAAAACCCUCAAACCACAUGCUACCUCUGCCUCCCAAAACAGAGAAUUAAACUCACCGAUUCUCAAGAAAGAUGAGCGCUUGGAUUGUGGUGGUGGUGUUAGUGCAUCCCAGUUUGGGAGUUCGACCACAAUUGCUGCCAUUGUCACUUCCUUAGGUGGUCCGCCUGGUGCUGUGGGGAUUGUGCGGUUAUCAGGCCCUUCCGCUGUAGCCAUUGUUUCACGGGUCUUUCGUCCAGCAAGGAAGAAGAAGAAGAAUAGGAGAGACGUGGUGGGUUUGUGUUCAUGGCAGCCCACCAGCCAUGUUGUCGAGUAUGGUGUCAUUUUGGACCCCCAGUUAAAUGUUGUAGACGAGGUUUUGGCCGUGCCCAUGUUGGCCCCAAGAUCUUACACUCGGGAAGAUGUGGUUGAGCUUCAGUGCCAUGGCAGUGAAGUGUGUCUUCGUCGUGUACUGAGGCUUUGUCUUGAAGCUGGAGCAAGGCUGGCAGAACCAGGUGAGUUCACCCUACGGGCUUUCCUAAAUGGCCGAUUAGACCUCUCCCAAGCAGAAAAUGUUGGAAAGCUAAUUUCAGCCAAAUCUGUGGCUGCAGCUGAUGCAGCCUUGGCAGGAAUUCAGGGUGGUUUCUCUUCAUUGGUCAAAUCACUAAGAGCACAGUGCAUGGAGUUGCUUACUGAAAUUGAGGCCCGUUUAGAUUUUGAUGAUGAGAUGCCGCCUCUAGACAUGAAUCUACUUAUGGAUAAAAUACGCGUCAUGUCACGAGAUGUAGAGAAUGCAUUAGCAACUGCCAAUUACGACAAGCUUCUGCAAUCUGGAUUACAGCUAUCGUUGGUCGGCCAAAUGUUGGGAAGUCUAGCCUCCUCAAUGCCUGGAGCAAACAUGCAGAGUGAGAGAGCAAUAGUUACAGAAGUUGCUGGAACCACAAGGGAUGUGAUUGAAGCCAGUGUCACAAUUCGUGGUAUCCCUGUGACGCUCCUUGAUACAGCAGGUAUCAGGGAAACAGAUGACAUUGUUGAAAAGAUUGGUGUUGAAAGAUCUGAAGCAGUUGCCUUGGGUGCUGAUGUCAUUAUCAUGACAGUAAGUGCUCUGGAUGGGUGGACUUUGGAAGAUUCCCAACUUCUCCACAGGAUUCAGUCCAAUCAGAAGUCCAUUGGAUCUUCUACUCCGAUGAUCCUUGUAAUUAACAAAAUAGACUGUGCUGCAUCUGCUCCCACUGAAUGGUUAAACAGUGAGGAUAGUUCCUUCAAUAAGAACGUCUGCACUUGUGCUGUUACUGGUCAAGGAUUAUCAGAUCUGGAGACAGCUGUACUAGAGAUUAUCGGUCUCAACAGGAUUCCUGCAGGAGGACGUAGAUGGACUGUGAAUCAGAGGCAAUGUGAACAGCUUGUUCGUGCAAAGGAGGCCCUUGGAAGGUUGAAACUAUCAAUAGAGGAGGAUAUGCCUCUUGAUUUUUGGACAAUUGAUUUGAGGGAAGCUGCAUUGGCUCUUGGUCAAAUAAGCGGAGAAGAUAUCUCUGAAGAAAUCUUGUCCAACAUCUUUAGCAAGUUCUGUAUUGGUAAAUAAACAAUAUUAUUCAAAUAUGAGAUGUCGGUGUAAAUUUUUGUUAAGAGGCUGAUUUUACUUCGUUGGAGAGCUUGAAGUUGCAGGCAGUUGUGUUGUAUGUAUUCCAGUCUUCUCUUCUAGAAAACCUGGGAAAAUAGAGCGGUUGGAGCCGUCGUCUAGAUUAGUGAUGAACACGAAUUCUUUCAUGAAAUUAAGGGCGCUUUUGUUUUGCACAAUGCAAUAAAA